AUGGAUGUGGAGGCGUCCUACUCAGAGUUCAUCAGCUGUGAUCGUACGGGCCGGAGGAACGCAGUGCCCGACAUCGCUGGAGAGGGCGCACCUGCGGCCAGCACCAGCCAGCUCAGCCAGGACCUGGAGGGCAUGGAUCUCAAGAGUAAAGGGGAGGACCCGGGUGCCUCUCCAGCCCCUGCUGCUGAGGGCCCAUCCUCGGAUGCCCAGGACAGUGGGGGCCCUUCUUAA